AGCCUGACCCCAUGGCCCGCCCUGUAAACGCCGGCCUCUAGCCACUUCCUCCUCCUUCUCCGCCUCUUCCCAUCUCUUCUGCGCCUGCGCGACCGGAAAAUUCGCGAAGGUUCCUGAAGCGGAACCGGCCGUUUCCGGAAGCCGGCAGCCGCCCUAGUCGUGGAGCCGGUUCUGCUGACCUGAGGGUUGCAGACGCACUCCCUUGCAGUUCCGGGCGUUUGGGUUUCGCCUGCAGCGCUGAGAAAGGAUUAUGGCCUUGCUGUGCUACAACCGCGGCUGCGGCCAGCGCUUCGAUCCCGAGACCAAUUCCGAUGAUGCCUGCACAUACCACCCAGGUGUUCCAGUCUUUCAUGAUGCGCUAAAGGGUUGGUCUUGCUGUAAGAGAAGAACAACUGAUUUUUCUGAUUUCUUAAGCAUUGUAGGCUGCACAAAAGGUAGGCAUAAUAAUGAGAAGCCACCUGAGCCAGUCAAGCCUGAAGUCAAGACUACAGAGAAGAAAGAACUAUCUGAAUUGAAACCCAGAUUUCAAGAGCACAUCAUUCAAGCCCCUAAACCAGUGGAAGCAAUAAAAAGACCAAGCCCAGAUGAACCAAUGACAAAUUUGGAAUUAAAAAUAUCUGCCUCCUUAAAACAAGCACUUGAUAAGCUUAAAUUAUCAUCAGGAAAUGAGGAAGAGAAGAAAGAAGAAGACGGCGAUGAAAUUAAGAUAGGAACCUCAUGUAAAAAUGGAGGCUGUUCAAAGACAUACCAGGGUCAACAGAGUCUGGAAGAAGUCUGUGUAUAUCAUUCUGGAGUACCUAUUUUUCAUGAAGGGAUGAAAUACUGGAGCUGUUGUAGAAGAAAAACCUCUGACUUUAAUACAUUCUUAGCCCAAGAAGGCUGCACAACAGGAAAACACAUGUGGACUAAAAAGGAUGAUGGUAAAAAAGUUGUUCCAUGUAGACACGACUGGCAUCAGACGGGAGGUGAAGUUACCAUUUCAAUAUAUGCCAAAAAUUCACUUCCAGAACUUAGUCGAGUAGAAGCAAAUAGUACAUUAUUAAGUGUACACAUUGUAUUUGAAAGAGAGAAGGAAUUUCAUCAAAAUGUGAAAUUGUGGGGUGUAAUUGAUGUAAAGCGAAGUUAUGUAACUAUGACUGCAACAAAGAUUGAGAUCGUCAUGAGAAAAGCUGAACCUAUGCAGUGGGCGAGCCUUGAACUACCUGUGACCAGAAGUCCUGAAAAGCAGAAAGAUGCUACAGAUUGAGUGGGGAGUUGGGGGAAAUUUGUUAAUGUGGUGAAGUGAUGGCUUGCUGCUGUAAUGUUAUUAUUGUUGUUACUGUUGAAUCUUGGCAUUUCAGGGUCAACAUUAGGUUUUUAAAAGCCAAAGUCGGUUUAUUAUGUUUUUAUGCCUCCCAUCUUUCUUUUCAGUUGCUUAAGACUGAUUACUCAUUUCUCCUACUGAUAGUGAUAGAACUGUAGCUAUGUCCUACCUAUACUUGAAGCUAAAGUGUAGAUCAUAAGCAUAUUUGCAUUGUUUCUUAGUAUAAUGUUCUAAUAAUUUGAAAAAGAUUAGUGAACUUUUUUCAUCUAUUAUUCCAUAAUUAGCAAAGCAAAACAAAAUAUCAAAAUCUUAAUGAGUUUUUUCACAGAUUUGUGUUCUUAUAAUACUUGAAUAUCCUUUCAGAAGAGAGAAAUCCAAGAUUGUUUUUGUAUGUGAGAGUUCCUUUUUUGUAAGAAGAGCAAUCCUCAGAUAGUGCAGUAAGUCAAGGGAAAUGUAAGUAUUAAUAAGUUGGAACUUGUUUACAGUUAGUGGAACUGAAAAAUUAGAAUCUAUACUUGUCAAGCAAUAUGAUGUAAAAGUAUAAAAAAUAUAAUUAAGAGUAUAGAGCUAUCAAUUUGGUUCAAAUUCUAAAUGGCUAAAUAAUGUGAAAAAUGCUUUUCCUGAUUAUUCAUUGGAUUGGAUAGUGUUGUCACUAAAUUGUGCCUGCUUUAUAGCUAUACCCACUGACAACCUUUAAUUAGUUAUGUGUAAGAAGGAGUUAUACAUUUGGUCUACCUGAUCCAGCACUGUAUCUGUGAAGUUUUAAAGUUAGGGAGUCAGAAAACUCAGUAUAUGAACAUUGCUUCCUGAGAACUAUCACAUAUUAAAUAAAUAAAGUAGCUCAAUUCCUUUGGAGUUUU